AGGUACCUCAGAGAUAGCCCCGGAGCCUCUCCGCCGGGACCCUCCUCCUCAGGCCGCCUAGGAUUUGAAGAUGUCAAAAAAGAAAGUGAAGAAAUUAACUGGGAAGGAAGACUGUUUGGAUGGCCGGGAUGACAAAACAUGGACCAGCGUGAGCAACAGUGAGAACCCAAACUGUUAGUAGCAAAAAGAUAAGGAAACCUCUGAAUAGUAGCAAGCGUUUCUUCAGUGUGAUCACAGUAUGGAUAAGAGGUAUCUUCAGAUCAUGCAGACCUCGGAAGACACAAGAUCUUAUAACCAUAGUAUGAAAAGAGAGACAGAAUUUCAGAGAUUCAAAAUAGAGAAAGAUGGACAAGAGGAGAAGAAGCAAGACCAAAGUUCUAAUAUUUCUCAUGGCGCUGAUGGAAGAUCCCAAGGAAAAUCUCCAAAUAGAAGUAAAACCACAGACAAUUCUUUAAUCCACACUGAAAAGCAAAAGAAAAUAGUUAUUCAAUUUAAAGCCAAAGAAAUUAAACAUGGAAAAAGUACGCGCGCUCCUGAUGUAGUGACUACUAGCAGGGAAAGUUAUAACAAAAGUCGUUUUGAUGGAACAGAAGGAAAAAGAUUCUGGCAUAGCUUUGCAGUUCAGAGGGACAAGGCACUGAAGAAGAAGACAGAGAAAGUUGAACUCUGCAAACUAAAGUUAAAAGCGGAACAAACUAUGUUGGAAAAAUUUAAGUCAUCUGCCUAUGAUUCACAUGUACCACAUAAAAAGGCAGAUGGAUCAAAAAAACAGAGUGAAGAUGUCAGAAUUCCGAAAAAGCCAUCUGAUACCUCUGCAGGGACUGUGCAUGAUGAUAGGCCCUUCACUAAGAAGCCAAAUACAUUAUCUAGGACUUGGGAAGAAGAGGAUGAAGAAGAAUAUAAGGAGUUUUCUAAGAAAAAGCGGCAUGUGAGUAAACAUGCACCAUCACACUAUUCAACUGAAACACCGCAACGAUGGGACUCUUACAGGCGGAAAAAACAGGAUAGUGAUUCUGAUAAAGCUACUGGUACUUCAGGGACUGAAGAAAGGGACUCUGAAGCCACAGCAGUAUGUUUUAAGCAGAAUUUUGAGGUCCCGUGCACAUCUGACACCUACCAAGACGGUGAAGACAUAAAGUCUAUCCAGAAGAGCUUUGAAGUCUUUCCACCCGUUCAGGACAGCCAGAACCAAGAAACAGACCAAGAGAUGCAGAUAGUUGAAGAUUUGCAUGUUGCUCGUGUUCAGAAGACGGUGGCGCUAUCUGUCGUACAGACUUGUGGAGAACUUACAAGUAUGGAAAUAGAUCUCCCAGAACAGGAUUUAAAUAUUUCUGCUGAGGCUUUUACUUCUGGUUUGAACAUAUUAGUGGUGAUUGACACAAAUAUAAUGAUUAGUCACCUUGAGUUUGUCAGAUCCCUGAAAUCUGAGGAUAUACCAGGGGUUGGCAGACUUGCAUUAAUAAUUCCUUGGGUUGUUCUACAAGAAUUGGACAACUUGAAGAAGGGGAAAAUGUUGCAGCAUGUUCGGGACAAAGCUAUCCCUGCAGUCCAGUUCAUCUACAUGUGUCUCAAAAACCAAGAUUCAAAAUUGUGGGGGCAAUCCAUGCAGCUUGCUUCACAAAAAAUAUAUGGCCUGAGUGACGAGAACAAUGACGAUCGUGUUUUACAAUGUUGUCUGCAGUAUCAGAACCUCUUCCCUCAAGCUGUGGUCAUACUCUGCACGGAUGAUAAAAAUUUAUGUAAUAAAGCCAUUGUGAGUGAGGUCAAGGCAUUCUGUAAAGCCGAUUUGGUUACUGCUCUACAGAAUCUGAAUGUAAACAGGCACCAGAACUGUGUUGAGCUGCAACAGUCAAAAUGUGAUGCAGAAUUUGAGAAAACAGAAAGAGGUGAUGCUGGUCCUACUGCGCGAUUCCCAAAUACACUUCCAGACCUUGAAAAGAACUUAGGACAAGCUUUAUCUUGUAUUUUGGAGACUGAAAUGGAAAUUGCAUUUGGAAACCUAUGGUUGGAGAUAGUGUAUCUGAAGCCACCAUGGACACUAGCAAACUUGCUGAAGUGUUAUAAAAAACACUGGAUGGCCGUUUUUGAUUAUGUAGUGCCAAGGGGUUUACUUUCAACCAUUGAAUGUCUCCAUAAACACCUUUGUACAAGUAAACCAGUUGACUCCUCAACGGUGCGUAUCUUGCUCCAGGAAUCCAAAAAAUUACUCCAUGCUUUCAGUUCAAGGUCAGACUAUAACGGUGUACUUCCCCAGGCUUAUGCUGAAGUGAACAAGCUAUACCAAACACUUACCGAGGUGAGGUCAGACAGUGAGCAGGAUUUAUCAGAAGACAUCAUGGUUCUUUCAGAAAAUGCUGUAUGUGAAAAAAUGGAAGCAAUGACACCAAAUCUGCAAAACUCUGAAGAAAAAAAGUUACAUCCAAGCUUUCAUGUAGCUCGAGAAAACAGGCACCAGGAAAUCUGGUCAGUCCUUGAAGGUGUAUGGAAUACAAUAAACUUGUACAGUAUUGAAAUUUUCCAAAAGUUGGACCCCAACACAGUAACUGUGACUGCAAAGUCUUCGUUUGAAGAAGCUUUUUUAGGUCUGCAGAAACUGUUGGCAGCUGUGAAUGAUAUCCGUGAAGGAAUUAGUAGAAUUUUGACCCCAACCAGUAGUUUCCAAGAUAUUUGGACCCUCUAUAACUUCCUCAUAAGCAACGAGAUAAAUAACAGUAUAAAAUUUACUGCUGAGGAGCUUUAUGAGUGUGUUUCACAAGAGAGAUAUCGGGAGAGGCUGGAAGUCGGAUGCUGCCAGCUGGCCCAGCUGGAACACACGGUUAAGCAGUGUCAUGCCUCGGUUCAGAUGGAAGCCAAGAACAGGGGCUGGCUGUGAUGCCUGGGUCAAGGUCUGGGGCUGCAGCGCUUGCGGCUCUGAUUUCCUUGUCCAACCAAAGCCCAACGCCUCUGGGGGUGUGCAGGAAAUACUCAAGGAGCCAAAAAAUCCACCGCCUUUUUCUUGAUGGUGCUGUUCUGCAUUUGAGUUGAAGGAAAAAAAAACCCAACCCACUAGUUACAUAUGUACAUUAAAUCUCAGAAUUUCUGCUGAGAAGCACAAGGUGAUAGAAUUCUCUCUCAAGUGAGGGGCUCUGGAUUGCUGCAGAGGGUUUGGCAACCAGAUGUGCUGGGCUGCUGCUGCUGCGAAUUCCCUCAGCUUGUGUUAGGAGCUGGGUUGGGAACUGGCCGUGUGGGAGAACCUGGGGAAGACCUUUAUUUUGCUGGACUUGAGAUGUGACAAGCGAGGAAGAAGAACGUGUUGGGAUACUGGGGCUCUGAAAGGAAAGCAGCUGAACACAAAGCCAAGCGCCUGUGAUGGUUCCUACCCCCAUGGAUGUGAAGGACUGAAAUGCAGGUGUGAUGUAUGUAUCCUAUGUAGUGUGCUAUAUAAGGCUUUGGAGAGGAUCUAGAAUGGGGAAAGGAAUGGAUUGAUGCUUGUUUUUAAAAAAACAAACCAACCCACCCCCCCCCCCACCCUCAUGCAGGUGUGUUAUCCUGGACCUCUUAGUGCUUCUGUCAAAAUACCUGAUGUGACUGUGUUUGCUGAAACCUCUCUGCCCUGUUGACAGCAGUGAAACCAGUAACGAUGUCUGUGUGCGUAACAGAAAACUGUUUCCCUUUUACCACAGUGGGUAUUGUCAAUUGAUACCCCCUUCAUCUUCAUCCAGCAGGAACCUCCUCGCCCUUCUCUUGCCCCCCUGCUCUUGCUGGGGUUGGUCUCUGUGGCUCCUCUCUGCUCUCCCGGUGCCAUCUCUGUCUGACUGUAUUCUUUGUUGCUUCCCACAACUGCUUGAAGUGGAUGAAACUUUCCAAAAGCCAUUUUUGAUGCUACUGUGGCCUUUCGAGCUACCUCUUUUAUGUAUGUAUUUGUACAGAGAUGAGAUCACUGACAGAGUUCUCCCAGUGUUUAUUUUGAUAUCAACUUUUGGAUGUAUUUGUAAAAUCUUCAUUGUAAAAAUCUAAUUUAUUGUUACAGUAAACAGCAGUUGAUUCUAUGGGGCAGUGUCUCUGAUCACCUCGGGGCUCACUUUGCCCAGUUACUGUGGAUGGAAGUUGAAUGCAGUUCUUGCCCUGGACAGUGGAAAGUCAGAGGGGAGGGGUGGUGGAGUUAAAGGGAGUUUUGCUCCUGCAGUAAGGGCCACUUCCAUCCCUGUGGGAGAAGUAACUGGAGGGAGCUGGGACAGCUGAAGCACCUGCUGUGUCUGUGGUAGCUCACUUGCACUUUAAGUACACAGUGGGGAAGACAGCUGACACCUAUUGUUUCCCAGUGACAUCCCCCAGCUGUACAGCUGGCAAUAAUCACUCCCUUCCUUUGGUCUGGUGUAGAGAUGGAGUAGUGUGCUCCUGCCCCCUCUCUGUGGUCCAUUAUGAGUGUCCUGCAUCAAAGCAGUAAAUGAGGAUUGUGCUGGGGGCAGAAAUUAGUGCCAUGGCUGGUGGCUUCAUUUCCUGCAGCUCCCUCAUUAGUGCUGAGGACCUCAGCUGACUCUGCUGUGAGAAACAGCACCAGCCAUUUCUUUUCACCACUAUGUUACAGGCUUUUUCUUCAGCUUCACUUGGCCCCUUUCUCAUCUCACCUCUGGAGCAGCACACAGGAGCAUUUAGUAAACUGCUCCCAAGCAGCCUGGAAGGAGGGGAGUCUCCUCAAGGCAACAGCUCUGAGACCUUCACCCUUCCUGUUUCUACUCAGCCUCUACUCUACCUGUCCUAACCCCUCCUGACCUCCCCUGUCUGGUCUAUG